CUCAGUCUCAAUCAGAGUCAGUCAGUCAGUCAGACAGUCGACUGGUCGGUGCUAGUGCUAAUCAGUUGGGUGACAGUGCUGGCUGGGCGCGGAUCGACGCGUUGACAUGUGAACAUAGUUGUCGCGUCGGUCGGACGGUCGUCGUGCGUUGUGCGUAUAUCCGCGAAAAUUUGUGAGCUACGUUUUAAGCCCCGUUCCCGCACCUGCACCGAAAAGUGAGUGGUGCGAAAUUGAUUGGUGUGUCAAUUAAAUUGCUUCCGUUUCGUGUGUCGGAUUAUUUGUUGGUAACUGAAUUGCCAAGUAAAAAAAAAAUACGAUAAAAAAAUGAACGCUGGAAAUAGUGCACCAGGAUUGAUUGCGGUUGGAGUGAUGCUGCUAGUACUGCUGCAACUGCUCACGAUUAUUCAAUUAGUUCAAGCGCAGCGAUUCAUUGGUGAUCGUGUGUACGAGCCCAAGAUCUCCGACCUUUACAUCACGGUGAACGCGCGCCAUCAGACGCUGGAGCUGACUUGGCGAAACUUUGACGACCCCGACGGUUACAUUGUGUUGACGGAAGAUUUCCCCAUUAGAGCGUUUCAGCAGAAGUUGUUUUACUACACGCUGCGAGAGGAGUUGCCAUCGGCGGCGGCGGAGGAGAGUAGCACAGCUGCAGGUGCAACCAGUGGUCGGUCGUUUGGUGAGGAUGGUAGUGGAGAUGACGGAACAGAAUCGAUGACGACGACAACGACGACGACGGAAGAGCCGGUGAUUGCUACCACACAAAUGGUGGAAAUUGAUUGGGAGUAUGAUGUACGGGAUGAGUACGGAGAACGGAAGAAGGAGGUUCUGUUUGCGAUUAAGCCGAUCUACCAGAACGGAUGGACUAUGACUGAUAUAAUCUUCAACCGCGAUCUAAUGGAGCGGGUUGACAUCACGACCACCUGCUACGGUUACUAUGCGUACUUUAUCGACGGCAACGGCACGAUCCAAUCCGAGCACUGCAUGAAACUGUACCCGACGUGGAUGAACGAUCUUCGCGCGCAUUUGGGUCAGUUCCGGAUGCGGGAGCUGUUCAUUCCGGGCACACACGAUUCGGCAUCGUUCAAGAAAAAUUUCAACCACCAAAGUCAGGAAAAUAUCGUUACCAAGUACACGCUAACCCAGGACGACGAUGUGAGGCAGCAGCUGUUGCAGGGCAUCCGUUACAUCGAUCUGCGGGUGGGUUACUACCGGUCUACGAAUCCACAGUUUUGGGCGAAUCAUGGCAUAUCGAGGCUGCACCCGUUGAAGAAUAUCCUGCAGCAGGUGAGGGAUUACGCCGUGGAAACGAAUGAGAUUAUUAUUUUGGACGUGCAGGAAUUUCCGGUCGGAUUCGGGAAAGACUACGCUAUUCACGACAAGCUGAUACAUCUGCUGAACGAUUCGUUGGCGGAGGUGAUGGCCGAUGCUUCAAUCACAUGGAACGGACGGUUGGAGGACGUUUGGGCUGGUAAUAAAACCGUGAUUCUGUGCUACGAUCAUGAAUAUGCCGUCCGAUUUUACCCGGAACUGGUAUGGCAAUCGACGGAGCAAAAAUGGGGCGACGUUCAGAGUAUGGAAGCUUUGAAAAGUUAUCUGUUCAGGAUCCACAAUCGGCAUCUGUUCGGUUUUUCGAAUCGGCCGGUAACCGAUAUGGCCGAACUAACUCCCGACCCGUGGGGAGUAAUUACGGAUCGGUACGGAGGUUUGCGAAAAAUGGCCGACUCCGUGAAUCGAUUCGUUACCAAGUGGUACUUUGAAGAAUUGGGUCCUGCGGCGAACAUCGUUGCCGUGGAUUUUGUUCGGGGAACCAGUAUCAUCGAUGCUGCCAUAUAUUGGAAUCUAAAACGGGUACCUAGCGAAAAGUAAAAUAGUUAAAAAAAUAAACUAAUUUGUAACAGAA